AUGGCUUUUCCAAUUAAAAUACUUCUGAUAGAACCGGAAAGUCGAUCAGCGAUGUUUCUUCUUGGUAAUGUUCUACUAUUCAUGUAUAUGAUGUUUUUUGUUAUUUCAUGGCCUUAUAUAAUAAUUUAUUUGAUUGUUCAAAUCAUCAUUUUCCAAAGGGUAAAUCAACAUUUGAGAUCCGGUCGUUCUUAUGUACCAACGACGAAUUUGAACAAUCAAACUGUUAUUGUCACUGGUGCUGCGACUGGAAUUGGUCGAGCCACUGCACUUGAAUUAGCCAAACUUCGUGCACGCGUCAUUAUCGGCAUACGUAAUCAAGCACGAGCUGAGCGUAUCGCACAAGAAUUAAGUAAACAAUGCAAUGGUAAUGUAAUUGGCUAUCAUUUAGAUUUGAGCGAUUUAUCGAGUGUAAAAGACUUCGCUCAAAAAAUUGACAAAGUCGAUAUUUUGAUUAAUAAUGCCGGUGUUGUGAAAAGACAGAAAGAAUAUACGAAAGACGGCCUAGAAGCGACUUUUGGAACAAAUCACAUUGGUCAUUUUUAUCUAACUCAUCUUCUACUUCCAUUAUUAAUCAAAUCCCAUGGACGUAUUGUGAAUGUCAGUAGUGUCAUGCAUAUCUUCUCCAAGGAAGACACAGACUUUAUCCAAAACAGAUCAUACAAUACCAUAAUUGCCUACGCCGACUCGAAACUGGCGAAUAUUUUUCAUGCUACUGAGUUACAGAGGCGCUAUGGUGAUCAAGGUGUUCGAGCUUAUGCACUCCAUCCAGGAACGAUUGCAUCAACGGAACUAGGCGGUGGUAAAGGUCCUCUUGAAACGGUUCUUACUUCACCUUUCCAGAUUUUGUCGAAAAGUAUGCCUCAGGGAGCAAUGACAACUCUAUUUUGUGCUUUAUCUGACGAAGCUCAGCCUGGAAAAUAUCACUCAGACUGUCGAAUAACUCCGGCAAGUCCUCUCGCUUCUAAUUCGAGAAAGGCGCAAGAAUUAUGGGAACUAAGCGAAAAAAUCAUCAACGACAAAACGAAAUCUUUUUAA